CCCGCCAUUGUCCCCGCCGCUCCGCCGGGCCGCGGGGGACGCGCAUGGGUGGACGCCGCUGAUGCCGCCGCCGCCGCCGCGCCGCCCUCCGAGGCUGCGUCCCGCCGAGCCCGGCCCCGCGCGCUCCCCGGACUGGAGCGCGCCCCCAUGGAGGCGCCCGGGCUGGCCCAGGCGGCCAAGGCGGCCAAGGCGACCGAGCCCGAGGCCCCGGGGAGCCGUGCCGACGCCCCCGACGGCGCGCCCGCGCUCUGCCCCAGCCCCGAGGCGCCCUCGCCGGAGCCCCCCGCCUACCGCCUGCAGGACUUCGACACGCUGGCCACCGUGGGCACAGGGACGUUCGGGCGGGUACAGCUGGUCAAGGAGAAGACGGCCAAGCACUUCUUCGCCCUGAAGGUCAUGAGCAUCCCCGACGUCAUCCGGCUGAAGCAGGAACAACACGUGCACAACGAGAAGUCGGUGCUGAAGGAAGUCAGCCACCCGUUCCUGGUCAAGCUGUUCUGGACGUGCCACGAUGAGCGCUUCCUGUACAUGCUCAUGGAGUUUGUGCCCGGCGGCGAGCUUUUCAGCUACCUGCGGAAGCGAGGCCGCUUCUCCAGCAGCACCGGGCUGUUCUACUCCGCGGAGAUCGUCUGCGCCAUUGAGUACCUGCACUCAAAGGAGAUCGUCUACAGGGACUUGAAGCCGGAAAACAUACUGCUGGACAGGGAUGGCCACAUCAAGCUCACCGACUUUGGGUUCGCCAAGAAACUGGUAGACAAGACGUGGACGCUCUGUGGCACGCCCGAGUACCUGGCCCCCGAAGUCAUCCAGAGCAAGGGCCACGGGAGAGCUGUGGACUGGUGGGCGCUUGGCAUCCUGAUAUUUGAGAUGCAUUCGGGGUUUCCUCCAUUUUUUGAUGACAACCCAUUUGGCAUUUAUCAAAAAAUUCUCGCGGGCAAAAUAGAUUUCCCCAGACAUUUGGAUUUCAGUGUAAAGGACCUCAUUAAGAAACUGCUGGUCGUUGACAGAACGAGACGGCUCGGAAACAUGAAGAACGGAGCGGAGGACGUGAAAAGACACCGGUGGUUCCGAACUGUGGAUUGGGAGGCGGUCCCACAAAGGAAACUGAAGCCACCCAUCGUGCCCAAGCUGUGUGGCGAGGGCGAUACCUCCAACUUCGAAGCGUAUCCCGACAAUGACUGGAACGCGGCCCCUCCCGUCUCGCCGAAGGAUUUGGAAGUCUUCAAGAAUUUCUGAGGACGCGAAUCCACACGUGGAAGGUAUAUAGGACUUUGAACCUGCCGGGGACACUGAUUGCUCAGAAGAGGGGUCGUCUACGCGGGAUAAGGACGUUUCCGUAUUUCUAUAUAUCUGGAUGUAUAUAAAGAGCCUGGAGACCCGUCGAAAGUCAUGGACCUGGCCUUAUUUAAACAACUGGAAAUCUACUGCACAGUAGGAACUUUUGGGAAAUUGUUUGGUUGUAGAUUUUGUCUUCUCUCUUAGUGCGAUGAACCUACUGUGAUAUCUCAGUUUUCCUCCCAGACUUCACUUUAUAAGUUUGAACUCAACGUGUUCCGCCGUCACCACAGAUGGUGUGCGUGUGCGUGUGUAAAAAGACUGUAUGAGUGGCGUGCACAUCGUGCGUUGAUGUCCAUGUUCAUACUUGGCACAGCCUGUGAUUUUUAUUUUUCGAGUCACUCUUUCAAGAAUCUGUUUCCUUGGGGACAGAACCUAAAACGGAUACGGUGUGUGCAUUUUGUGUCGUCUUCUGUGCAUUUCGUAGGUGGUGAAGAAAAUUUCGUGUGGUGGGUCCGCGUCUCUUGUCUUUAGUGCGUCAUACCUGGUGACGUUAGCUCUUGAAACAGAACGGCAGAGACACAUCUAGCAACACGGCGAAAAGGCAGAUGUGGAGUGGUCCACACUGAGCGUGUUGCUAGAUGUGGUUCUUCCCAGGACACGGGAUGCGCAAAGACGUCCUCGGGGUCCGUGCUGUCCGUGAUCCAUGACCUUCUGCCCUGUGUUUCCGCUUCCUGAUUCUGAACUUUGCUGUACGGACCUCACGGGAUUGCCCGUUCCCCCCUGCCUGUGAGUGCUCUGGAAACGCAGAGCUCCUCACCUCUGUCCGUGUGACUGGUCGUAGGGCUCAACCAGGACCUUCUGCUGCAGGGAUGUCUGUGCACUUAACUAGUAGGUUCCAGAGCCCAGGGCGACGCCAGGAGGACACCUCCACAGAUGUCCAAGACCCCUCUGUACCCUUCCUUUCUUCCCAUGCUCGCCUGGAAACAUCCGUGUCCUCGGGCAGCCAGGAGGGGAGCUGCGCAUACCCUGGGAGGUGUGUUGGAGAACGUGGGUGUGGGGCGAGGGUCGCCUGAGGAGCCUCUCAAGGUUUCUGCAGCUCAGGUGUUCUUGAGUCACCUGCUGGGUCUGCACCUUCGGAGACACUUUUCCAGUGCUGCGCUUGCAAAAGCCUUUUCUCUGCAUGGAACCACUCUUCUCAUUUUUUUUUAAUGUUUAUUUAUUUUUGAGAGAUCAAGUGUGAGCGGGGUAGGGGCAGAGAGGGGGAGACAGAAUCGAAGGAGGCUCCAGGCUCUGAGCUGUCAGCACAGAGCCCGACGCGGGGCUCGAACUCACGAACCGUGAGAUCAUGACCUGAACCGAAUCGGGACGCUUAGCUGACUGAGCCACCCAGGCGCCCCCUCCAACCCCUUCUGCAGCUACAUCUACGGGUGUAACGACCUGCCCUGUGGGGAAGUCAGGCAUUUUUCUGAAGCAGCAAAGUGUCAGAGGCCAUGCAGUGGUCUGUCAGGUCCGGCCAGAUGCCAGUCACACGCCCAGGAGGCCGGGGCUGUUGGUACUUGAAUGUAGAGUGAACAACACAUAAAAAAGCUUUUAAAAGACCGUGAAAUUCAAGGCGUCCAGCGUAUCCCCCUUUCCCGUAAAUGACCUGCUCUUCAGGUGGACCUCCGAUGAGAAGGUCAGAGUGAGUACAAGAUUUAGCAAAAUAAACUCUUUGUAAUGACGAACUCGACAAUUCUUUUCAAAGGGUGUUCCAGCAGAGUGGUGCUUUCAGUCUGUGCUGGGCGAUCUCCGUCCUAUGUGGACAAAGGAGAGGGUCCAGAACGGGCCACACAUCCAGCGGAUUCUAAACUAUUUCACCAUUGAAUGUUCCAAAACGGAAUCAACAAAGUCACUUUGUAUGCUCCGAUAUAAACCCACAAGGGAGAGCAGGGAUCUCGCCUUCUCUGACGUAUAAAAAUAAAUUAUUAUUAUUAUUAUUAUUAUUAUUUUGGAGCUUUGUGCUUAAGAAAAAUAAAAAUAAAUGAAACACCUUUCUUGAACACGAUGAAACAUUGUGCGGAGAUACAUGGACCCAAACGCCUAUUUUUGGGUUUCGUGCUCACCGUCCCGGAUUUAAUAUCUGGCAUGAAAAUUGCAUCAAGAUAGCACGGAACGCAUUGCCUUAAUUUUGGACAGAUAUGCACACACACAAAAACAACCCCACGUUGCAACGCUUGGAUCACACGGUUCUUUAAAAACAUCGUCAUCCGCCAUCAGCCAUGCAACACAAAUUAAAAAUUAAAAGGAAUUCCAAGAAUACCAGAUGGUGUUAAGCUCACUCUUGCCAUUUCAAUAUUCCAAGUGGCACAAGCCAUGUGUUAACUGCCCGUGGCUGGGCUGUAAAUGAAGCAGGGUGAUGUCAUACAAACACUGGCUUAAUCAAAAUGAGUCCCAAACCCCCAGGACCGUCACUAUAUAUAACUGAAAAAUAGUUUACUUGGUGGGGGGCACUCUCAAAUCUUCAGGGAUCUGAUCAAAUAUCCGUGUGCAAAAAAAAAAAAAAAAAAAAAAAGCCGUGAAAAAACGUCAUGGAAAUGUUCGCAAAAUUCGCACCAGAAACAAAACUGUACAGUCCUUUUGUCCUAUGCAGUUUUAUGACUUGGCAAUAUUUUCUGAAAUACAAACACCGUUAAAAAAGCAUCCUCAGGAAAUGAAUGUUUCGCAAAGAAGUACGUAGGGGUGGGUGUCGGUUUUUUUUGUUAUUGUUUUUUUUGUUUUUUUUUUACUAAGGGGAUGGGCACCAGCCCGCCUGGAUACACAUCUUCAAAACUCAGAAGGUGAUAAAGUUGCAACUGGCCGUAACCGCAUAUCCUACAUUUUGUUGGACGACAUCCAGCCCCUUCUUGCACAACACAGGUGGGAACCCUCUGUGUCGUGCACAGAUCUGUUGAGGCAAGGGGCACAUCGUGGUUUCUGAGGCUGGAGUCAAGAUGCGUCGAAAGAGAGCCCAACUCAGCGUGUCAGCCGCGUGCCCCGCUCACACCAUCGUGAGGCUCUCACAUCGCUCUCCCCACCCCUGCCCAGCCACCUGUGAGUAAGCAUCUGCUGCCCUGCUGUGUUUCACUCUCUCCGCUCUACCCAAAGGCUCCCGUGGGUGUUCCCACCCCCAGAAUCCCCAGUACCCCAGUCGCGUCAUGUGGGACGCAUUGGCCCUUUCUCCGUAUGACCUGAGUUGCCUCUGGAUUUUGGACCACUUUAACUGUGAAAAUAUGAAUCCGUGCCCUCACCGAAAGACCCCAGUGCCCCACCCUGUGGGUCCCCAGGGCUGCCCCCGCCCCGGGAGCACGUCACGCCGAGUCCCGUCCCAUGAUGACUUCAAAAUUGUCAUCCCACCUACGUGGUUAUCGUAGUGUGGGAGAAAUACUCGGUUGGAUUUUGUUUUUCCAGCCAGUUGAUUUUACAUCCGGAAACAAAUAGGUUCACAGAAGCCCCUGAUGGCUCCCACGGCGGGGAUCCCGGCAUGGGAGGCUUGGGUUGUUCUUUUCCCGGAGGUCCGUCCACCGAGUGUGGGUUUCGUCGGCGUGGGGCCAGUCCUGUGUGCCGUGUGUCCCAUUUUCUCGCGGAGGUGAGAAGAUCCUUCUCAUGAUGCCGCCUUCAGGGGGCGACAUCCACCUACCAAAACCAAGAAGACAAGCACACGACCGCUGGUGUUAAUGAUGCGUGUGGGCAGUUUGGGGUGUGUGUGUUUGCGUGUCUGUGUGUGUGCGUGUCUCAGUGGCGGUGGAGGGCAGGACAUGAGUUGUCAGCAAGCGUUGCGUGUUCCUAUGGAGUUUGCUUUUCGCAUCCCAGGGAACAGACCUUCAGAGUAGAAGGCAAGUCCUGUGUCACAGUUCCCUAUAAAUUACUGUGUUGUAACCCGUUCUGUUGCACUUCCAUGGGCCCUUCCGUGGUCGGCACCUGUGUUUAGAGUAAUGGAGAGAAAGUGUCGUUCCGUGGGUGCUUUAGCGGAUGGGAGCUGUGGCCUUCUGACGCUCAGCGCGCCUUGCGCUCUGAGAUGGCUUUUCAGCUCUGGGUGACGACUGUAGCUUCCUUCUCUCUUGCGCUGCGCUUCACGGGGCCACCUGGCUGGGUCGCCCGCGCAUCACGGGGUCCCCGUGGCGGUCCAGUGGGGUGGCCGCAGACACGAGACAGAGUGCCUUUGCGAGUGCGGUGCGCCCCGGCGAGCCAGCACGGGGAUUCCUGGGUGGGGAUGGGGAGGGUCAUCGCAGCUUCCCACGUGGAGAAAGAAAAUAACCUGUCGCUAAUCCUUUCAAAUCUUGCACAAUGAAAAUCACUGUGAUUUGUAUAUAUACCCUAGGAAAAUUUUACUGCUGCCUAAUUUAUGUAAUAAUACUCUUCAUUCCAGGAUUGUUUAAUAAAACUUUGUAUCUUUUAA